CCUAUCUUGAACGGGAGAGUGGGUUAAAAUCCCUUCAGACUCAGCCAACAGCAAUGACAGACUACAAAGACUUUAUUGUGCAGGUUUUCGACAUGCGUACGGUUUUAGAACUCGAAAGGAUAAAUAUCGUUGACAAUAAUGAGUGCUCGAGUGAUCAUAAACAAAAUGGUAAUGUUUUUGGUUGGGCUGAUUACUCUGUCCUAAUUACAAUGCUAGUUGUCUCUUGUGGGGUAGGGGUGUUUUAUGGAUUCUUUUCAAAGAAAGAUGAAACUAGUGAUGAUUUUCUGUUAGGAGGUUGUACUAUGGGAACACUUCCAAUGGCACUCUCGUUAGCAGCAAGUUUCAUAACAGCUAUAGAACUUUUGGGUAACCCUGCCGAAAUGUACCUUUAUGGUUCCCAAUUUUGGAUGAUUUGCAUCGCCUUUUUGCUGGUGGUUCCGAUCACUUCAAAAUUCUAUUUGCCAGUUUUUAUGAAAUUGAGGUUGACAAGCAGUUACGAAUAUUUGGAAAAAAGGUUCAAUUCCAAGAUAAGACUCCUUGCGAGUGGUCUUUAUAUUCUUCAGAUGGUUUUUUAUACGAGUGUGGCAGUCUACGCACCAGCUCUUGCUCUAAGCCAUGUCACUGGUCUAAACGUAUAUGUAGCAGUUACUGUGGUAUAUGUUGUCUGUAUAUUUUAUGCUUCUCAAGGAGGAAUGAAAGCUGUUAUUAUGACAGAUACUUUUCAAGCUGCAGUUCUUGUAGCUUCGAUUUUGAUAAUAUUAUAUCUUGGAGAACAAUAUGUUGGUGGAACUGAAAUAAUUUGGUCUGAAAACUUCCACACCGGUCGAUUAGAAAUUUUUAACAUGAACCCUAAUUUAACAGUUCGUCACAGUUUUUGGUCAGUUAUUAUCGGAGGAAUGUUUUAUUGGAUGUCAAUGUUUUGUUCAAAUCAAGCAUCGAUUCAGAAGUACUUAUCAGUGGAAACUAUUUCACAAGUGAGAAGAGCUUUAUGGACAUCAUCUUUUGGUUUAAUAUUGGUAUAUACCGUGAACUUUUACAUGGGUAUGGUUUUGGUAGCCCAUUAUCGUAACUGUGACCCUCUUAAAUCAAAAGAAAUAUCGGCAUCAGACGAAAUCUUACCUUUGUACAUCGUUUCCAAAAUGGGUCAUCUGAAAGGCAUGGCCGGAUUUUUCGUAGCAGGAAUCUUUGCUGCAAGUUUGGGAACUGUAGCGUCAGCACUUAAUAGUUUGUCUGCCGUUACGUGUAGCGAUUUCAUUAAUGGUGCGUUUGGUAUCACGUUUGCCGAAAACAAAGGCGCUCUCUGGGCCAAAUGGAUAUCCUUUGUUUAUGGCCUCAUCAGUUUUGCACUCUUAUUAGCUGUUGUAUAUGAUUUUCUGACUCCCAACCCCACUGAUCUGGACCAAUUUCUCUUCCUAGCCAGGUUUGUAUUUGAUAAUACACUCGAUAAAUAUGCUGUGGAGCUGCUCAAGAAGUAG